AUGCAAGCUAUCGAUGAAAAUGUUAGCAAAAAGAUUACUGUGAAACCUAAGCCAUUACCCGAAGGUGAAAAUAUCAAAUUUCAACCAACAUCUCAAGAAGGUGUUUCUUUCGAGAAAGAUGAUCGUACACCAACAAUUACUGUUGUUUUUGACACACCUGCUAAAGUUCGGUCAGUCACUCUUCCACAAAAUAAAACAGUGAAUGGAAAUGUUGAACAAUUUGAAGUUACCUUUUAUUCACCUGAUGGAAAUAAAAUUAACUACAAACCAAUCCUAAGUAAUCCGAGUCUAAAAGAAGAUAAAUCGAAACCAGCUGAACUCAAUUCAACACAAAUACCAUCAGAUAGACUUGUAUCACGUUUAGAGAUCACCAUUGUGAAGACUACAGAUAAUGAAUCUCCAAAAGGUGUUGUUUUAGAUAUUAACGCUUGCACAGAAGCCAUAACAGAAACAAGAACUGUCACUCCAUUAUCAACUAUUUCAUCUGUAACAGAAAAAUCAGGAGAAACAGGAGUAACAUCAGUUACAACAGAAGGUAUCACACCUGGUUAUACUAAUCUAACAACACUAACUGGUUCAACUACUCAAUCAGUGUCAGGCACAACUCCGAAGGAAUGUGAAGAAAUGCAAGCUGUCGAUGAAAAUGUUAGCAGAAAGAUUACUACGUCACCUAACCCAUUACCCAAAGGUGAAAACAUCAAAUUUCUACCAACAUCUCAAGAAGGUGUUUCUUUCGAUAAAAAUGAUCGUAGACCAACAAUUACUGUUUCCUUUUACAAACGUACUAAAGUUCAGUCAGUCACUCUUCCACGUAAUAAAAUUAUGAAGGGAAAUGUUGCACAAUUUGAAGUUACCUUUUAUUCACAUGAUGGAAACAAAAUUAACUACACACCAAUCCUCAGUAAUCUAAGUCCAAAAGAAGUUGAAUCGAAGCCAGCUGAACUCAAUUCAACAGAAAUACCAUCAGAUAGACCUGUAUCACAUUUAGAGAUCACCAUUGUUCGCACUACAGAUGAUGAAUCUCCGAAAGGUGUUGUUUUAGAUAUUAAAGCUUGUACGGAACCGAUAAUAGAGAGUAAUACAACUGCUUCUACUGCUACUAAUUUUUCUGCUACAACAAUUGACAAAGCUGUUAAUGAAACAACAACAACCUCAAGUAUCCCAUUACGAUGUCAAACGGAAAAUGCACUCAUUGAAGAAUUAGGUCUUGUUCAAGCUGAAUCAAUUACUGAGACAACAGAAACAGAGACAAAGGUCGUUGGAUAUAUUAUUCGAUCCAAUGACACUGGAUGGACACCGUCGUCUGCGUUUGCAUCGCUUAAUAUCGAUUUCCGUUAUUCUGUUGAGAUUGGUCGAAUUCAUAUAUCAGCUAACAAUCUUAAAGAAUGGCAUUUAUACUAUCAAUCAGCAUUGGAAGUAUUUCCACAUUGGAUAGCUUACAAUAAUUCAACUGUUUUGACAAGUAAUGAGAUUAUAUUUCCAAACACACUAAAUGCUACCAAGAUUCGUUUAACUCCAAAUGGUGACAUUAAAAAUCUUCAUCUUGAAGUUUUUGCUUGUUUACCUUUCGUAACUGGAACAACUACAACAAGUGCACCGUGUAUUCUAACGGAAUGGUCUGAAUGGACACCAUGUAGUCGUACAUGUGGUAUCGGAUACAAAACGCGUACUCGUAGUGCAAAUUUGACGCCGAAUUGUGAUAAAGAACAAUUGGUUGAAUAUCAAUCUUGUAUGGAUCGUCGUUGUGAAUGCUUACUUGAUGAAACAUUUUACAUACGUGCAUUUCAGAGAGAACCAUCUGAUAGCAAAGAAAUUGGUUAUAUUUAUACAUAUUCAAAUUAUACUACUGAAUCACGAAAUGUUGUUUAUAUUAAUGAUACUGUUGUUCAAGGCACUAUUAUUCGCACAACAGAUAAUUGUUAUAUUGUUUAUUGUACAACUGAUGGUUUGAAAUUAUCUGAUAAUCAAUGUAUAACAACAACAACAAUAUUAACAACAACACCAACAACAAAUACUACAGAAUGUACAAUGCAACAAUAUGAAAAUGCUCCAUUAAAAGCCAACAAUGGUCAAUGCAUAUCUCGUGAAAGCUUUCCUCGAGAACGCUGCGGUGGUUAUUGUGAAUCAGAUAGUGACGAUCAAUGUAAAUGUUGUUCAAUUGGAACAACAUAUUUACAACCAGUUCUUUUUGAUUGUUUUGUUGAUGACUCAAAAACAACAACAGAAGAGAAGACAAUAGCAAUUCGACGUAUUCAAUCAUGCAAUUGUAAUAUAUGUCAAGCCAGUUGUUCGGUACGUCGUUAUAAUAGUGCUCCAUUACGAAUAAAUAAUAAUCAAUGUAUAUCACGUGAAAAUAUUCCUCGAGAACGAUGUAGUGGACAAUGUGAAUCUGAUAGUGGUGAUCAAUGUACUUGUUGCUCAGUUGCAAAAACAUACUUACAACCAAUUAUUUUCGAUUGUCUUGUUAAUACUGCACAAAAUAUAACAGAACAAAGAAAAGUGGAAAUUCAACGUAUUCAAUCAUGCAACUGCAAUGUAUGUUCCGGUGGAAUUUCAAACAAAUGA